UGUCUCCCUCCCGUUUACAUCGACACUUUGAGAGAUCGAGAGAGUGACGUUGGAGAACAUGUUGGAACCUCCAAAAUUCGCGUGGACAUCACAAAGAGGGGAAGAAGCAAGUUUAGCUCACCUCGAUUCCCCGAUAUUGCGGCAUGCGCACCACGAACACUGACGCACACCAG